AUGGCUUGUUCCCCGGAAGACUUUCCCCAACUCUGGCAGAAGCCUGCCUUUGAGCUUCUCUUUGACUGCCUCCAGCAACUCAGAGUUGAUCCCCCGGUGUGGAACUUCAAGAUCUCACGGGCCGAGAUCCAACGAGAGCAGGAUACUACUGUUCAGCUACGCCGACAGGUCUCGGCGUAUCUUUCCAACAUCAUCAAAAGCAACCUGGACUGGAUCGAGGAUGAGGACCUGAGGGAAGAACUGUGGACGGAGGCGAGCAAGCGGCUUUCUGAGAGAUGUGGGCGUGCUGCUAUGGGAGAAAUCACAAGGUGCUGGCCGUUUGAGCGGAGCGAUCAUGCAGCGUUCGAGCUCGCCAUUAGGGAACCGCCGCUAACCGGCGACUCUCUGGGGCUGAAGACAUGGGGCUCCUCAUACCUCCUGGCUCUUAUGCUAGGCCAGUUUGCCGAGACCUCCAUGCGCCACCUGCUGGCCGCUGACCGGGAGGGCGGACCUGCCACGGCUCUGGAACUGGGAAGCGGCACCGGCUUGUUGGGUUUGGCGGCUGCGGCAAUUUGGAAAAGCAAGGUCGUCCUCAGCGACCUGCCCAUCAUCAUGUCGAAUCUCGUUUUCAAUGUGGAGCAGAAUCGCCAGAUCAUAGAGUCGCUUGGAGGCCAAGUGGACUCCGGUGCUCUAACCUGGGGUGGAGAGGAGGAUGAGAUCGACCAAGAAAUCUUCCACAAGAAACACGAGUACCAGAUUGUCCUCGCCGCUGAUCCGCUGUACGACGACGAGCACCCGGAACUUCUUGCCGGAGCUAUCCACGACCAGCUGUGCCUCCCUUCCGCUGCCCGAGCUUUGGUCAUGGUGCCCCGCCGGGAUGAGACUACGGUCAAUCUGUUGUCCAAGUUCAGACAGAUCAUGGAGCAACAACCCAUGCCCUUGGUCUGUGUGGAGGAAGGACUCGUGCCAGGCCAGGAUGAUUGGGAGGAGGAUGAAGAUACGCCGCAAGUCGAGUGCUGGUGGGGAGUCUUUCAGCGAACUGAUGUCUAG